AUGGCUCGCAAGGGCACAGCAAAGGUCAAGACCGGUUGCGCGACCUGCAAAAUCCGAAAGGUCAAAUGCGACGAAAAUUGGCCACAGUGUCUGAGAUGCAAGAAGACAGGUCGGACAUGCGACGGCUACCGGGCGCCCCCUGCUGGCUCGCUAUCCUGGGACGUCCUGCUGCGGCCCCAGCCAUCUGUGACUCCAGCUUGCGAUGUCGCUGAGCUUCGGAGUCUUGCAUUCUUUCAUCAAGUCGUGGCGCCUGUCCUUUCCGGCCCGUUUGACGCAUCGUUCUGGACCCAUCUCGUCGCCCAAGUGACCCAUCAUGAGCCGGCAGCCCGACACGCUGUCCUAGCCAUCAGCUCUUUUUUCGAAGACUUUUCCGCUUCGACUUGUCAGACCAAGGACAACGCUUUUGCGAUUCGCCAUUACAAUCAAGCUAUAAAAAGAGUCGUGACGUCGCAGGCCCCAGACAUCGACACCGUUCUGGUCGUUUGCAUCCUCUUCAUCUGCAUCGAAUUCCUCCGCGGCGACGACAAGGCCGCCGUCAACCACACGCGACAUGGCGUCCGUGUCCUCAGCACCGCUCGAACCAACUCCAAACUUGCCGCUGUGUUUUGCCACAUGAGCAUCUUCCCUCUCUUCUUUGGCGGCACCAUAUCCGACUUCCCCUCCCUCACCAACCACGCUCCAAAGGCGAGCGUGGGCUUCCAGAGUAUAAUCGAAGCACAGCACCAUCUGGAUGUAUUCGCCGCCCGCGCGGUUCGUCUUGUUCGCAUGAGCGAAAGGUACCAAAUCGGAACUGACCCAGGCGAUGUUCCAUCGUCGUCCAUGGUAGAUGAACAGCGCACACUUGCCCUCGCAUUUGUAGACUGGGGACAGUCAUUUGCCAGAUUCCAAGCCACGCGGUCGUUGGAAACAAACAAAGACCCAGCAUCCCUCGCACUGAAGAUGCGGUGGGUUGUGUCCCAAAUUUGGGUGCGCAACUGCCUCACAAAAGGCGAGAUGAUUUACGACGAGGUGUUGGCGGAUUUCAAGAACAUCAUUGACAUGGCCCAGUGUGCCUUGGAGACAAGCACCACAGGUCCCAAAAAGUUUAUGUUUGACAUGGGAUUUAGUCCCCUCUUGCAUUUUGUAGUCAUUAAAUGCCGCUACUUGCGCCUCCGGGUGGCAGCUCUGUCAUUGAUGAAGUCGCUGUCCUGCUCGCGAGAAUCGUUGUGGAACGCGAUCACGAUGCACGUUGUCGGAACGCGAUUGAUAGAGGUGGAACAUGAGAUUAAGCUUACACCCGAAAUGCUUGACCUGCCAGGCGGCAGUCCUAGCUUCGAAGAUGCAGGAUUGCCAUCGGAUGAGAAACGCAUCCGGGGGUAUUUCCUAGGGGAACCCGAGGAGUUUCUCGACGAAGACGGUGUGAGAGCGCGACGGAGAUGCAUGAACCUGCUCAAGUUGGGUUCCGGGGGUGCCAUUGAGACGCACCGCGAAUGGAUCACGGUACAGACAUGA